AUGGCAAAUUUCGACUGGCAUGCCGAGAGAACAGAUCUCUCAGACCUCAUGCUCUUAGAUCGCGCUCCUGAAAGCGAGGGUAUCGACUUGAAAGCUGUGCGUCUGUACCGCCAGGCUCGAGUCCGUAGCCAGAUGGCCAAGUAUGGCAUCGACGCUGUCGUCCUUUCCGACCCCAUUAACAUCCGCUACGCAACUGGUUCACGAAAUAUGCAAGUUUUCAGUAUGCACAACGCGCCUUCGCGAUAUCUGCUGCUCACUGAGAACUGGUCAAUCCUCUUCGAAUUCACAGGGUGCCUGCACCUAGCCCAAGGUUACGAGACUAUUGAUGAAGUACGGCCAGCCAAAACAGCCAGCCUCGUAGCUGCUGGCCCACACAUUGAGAGCACUGAAAAGGCUUGGGCUCUGGAGAUGGCCGAUUUGGUACGGCAGCUUGUUGGGAAGGAAGAUGUAACGGUUGGCUUGGAGCGGCUAAACGCUGGUUCCGCCAUCGCACUCAAGGAACUUGGCCUUAACAUUGUCGAUGCCCAACGACCGGUGGAAAUGGCCCGAUGCAUUAAGUCACCUGAAGAGGCCAAAUGUGUUGUUGCUUCUUUACGUGCAACCGAGGUCGCAGUUGGCAAGCUGCGGGAUGCCGUACGGCCUGGGCUCACCGAGAAUGAGCUUUGGUCAGUUUUACACAAAUCAGUCAUCGACCAGAAUGGCGAUUAUUGCGAGACCCGCCUGCUCAGUGCUGGCCCACGCACUAAUCCUUGGUUCCAGGAAACGGCAAGCUAUGUUAUCAAGGAGAAUGAGCUUGUCGCAUUGGAUACAGAUGUGGUUGGCUGCCAUGGAUAUUACUCCGACUUCUCACGAACAUUCCACUCUGGGCCUGCCGCUCCGACUGUGGAGCAGAAGGAACUCUGCAGGUACCCCUAUCUUUACCACCAUGGGGAUUUCCCCGACUGUGGGUAUGAUGGAGUCAUUGAACCGGGAAUGGUCAUCUGCGUCGAGAGCUAUAUUGGCGAAGAAGGGGGCUCACAAGGUGUAAAGCUCGAACAACAAGUAUUGAUCACGGAAUCAGGCAUUGAAGUCUUAUCUCAAUUUCCUUUCGAGGAAAGCUUGCUAGCGUAG